AUGGGGGCCAUCUCCAGCCCUCAUGGGGGUCAUGGAGAGCAGGAGCAGCAGCAGAGGAGCUGGGAGGGCAACCAGCAUGAUGGCUCUGCUAGCCUGCUGUGGGUGGCCCAGCCGGGUCUGCUCUUCCAGGGGGACAAGCAGAGCAGCUGUCACCCCCUCAGGCUGUCCUGGGCGUUGGGCUACAACAGCAGCCUGGCCGUGCACAGCCUGGCAGGUGGGGAGGACCGUGUGCUGCUGUACGUCUGCUCCCACACGGCUGUGAUCCACGACGUCCCCGGGGGCCGGCAGUACCACCUGCAGGGCCACGCGAACGCCAUUUCUUGCCUGUGCGUGAGCGAGGACCGGCGCUGGGUCGCCACUGCUGACCGAGGCCCAGACCCUCUGGUCAUCAUGUGGGACACCUUCUCGGGGAUACCCGUGCGCACCAUCUUUGACAGCCACCCCGGUGGGGGGUUGCCGCUACUUGCCAUCUCCCGGGACGCGAGGUAUCUGGUGACCAUUAGUUCUGGCAGGGUGCAGAAAGUUUGCCUGUGGAGGUGGACGUCUCACACUGAGAGCCCUGUGUGCAGCGCAGAGCUGAGGCCUGAAUUUGGGCUCCAGGAUUUUGUCAUUUUUAACCCCCAAAAUCCCUAUGAGUUUGUCAGCAACAGCAAAACCCAGGUGAUAUUUUAUCUGUGGGGUGAUGCCGGCCUGCAGUACAGCACUCCGCCUUUGACCAAGCAGACCUUCAACAGCGUGGUGGGGCACUUCAGCCAGUCGGCUUUCCACUUUAACAAUGCGCAGGCUCUGACGGGCACCUCAGCCGGGAAGCUGGUGGUGUGGGACAUGGCCUGUGCCCGCUCCCUCUCCGAGGAGGCGCAGGUCCAGCCACACAGCACAAAGGCCACCAAGCUGGUGCCAAUGCAGAGGAGCAGCAUUACGGUGCUGACGGUGCUGGAGAGCUGCAUAGUGACAGGGGACGUGAAAGGCCGGGUGAAAUUCUACAACGGGCAGCUACAGCUCCUGGCCUGCUACAGCCACAGCAGCGUGGGGCCCAUUUGCUCCAUCUCCUUCUCCAAAUCCCCUCCUGAGCCUCCUGAUGCCGCCUCAGGACACGAGCCAGCUAGUCUGAUUCAUCAAAUUUUGUUUCUCUCACUAAACAGGAACUUUAUCCUUUCAACCUCUGAUGCAACAGUGCUCCAUGUUGCAACAGACGGGACAAACUUUGAAAAAGUAAUGGAAGAGGCCAAGAAGGCAACAACUGCCAUCGCCUGUCACCCCCGGCAGGCACUGCUUGCUGUGGGCAGUCACUGCGGGCUGCUCAAAGUGUGGGACUACCAGCAGCCCAAGCACCCUGUUAGCAGGAUAUUCACUGAGGCCAGCAUCCAGUGCUUGUCCUAUGACCCUGAAGGUUGCUUUCUGGCCACCGGCUUCACUGAUGGAAGCGUGUACAUCCUCGACGCCAUUUCCCUUCAGUCCUGCUGUGAAGCCUUCAGGUUCUCGCGGGGCACCGUGACUCACAUCAGCUUUUCCCACGACUCUGAGUACCUCGCAACCGCUGAUGAGAAAUAUGCGGUGACUGUUUACAAAAGAGUCCUGCAAAAUGGGCAGAGAUGCUGGGAACACCUGGCAGGGCUCCACUCCCACUACAAACCCAUCCGGAGCAUCCUGUUUGGGGUCCAGCUGGACAGCAAUGAGCCCCGGCUCCUGAGCCUCGGGGAGGACCGGCAGCUGGUGGAAUACGACCUGAGCAGCAGCAGCAAGGACCGGCUGGUGAUCUCGCACAGGGACCGGGUAGAGCAGGUUGCUGUGCCCCUGUGCUUGGCCUGGUACCCCCAGUUCGGCACCGAGUCCUUUAUCCUCACGGCCAACAGCUGUUACAAAAUGAAGCUCUACAACACAACGACCAAAAUGUGCAGAAAGACCCUUCUGGGACCAACCUAUGGCUCCCCGCUGGAGAAGAUACAAAUCCUCCCAACAAGGAGCACUACGGAGCCCCAGAAAUGCUAUCUGGCCUACAUUACACAGGACAAGGUGGGCCUGCAGAUUUUGCCUGUCGAUGGCAACCCCCACAAGUCCUCAGCUUUCAUUUGCCACCCAGAUGGCGUCUCGGACCUGGCCUGCUCCUACGACGGGCGCUACGUCUUUACGGCGGGGGGGAACGACCGCACUGUUCUGAAAUGGGAGGUGAACCUGAAUGCCUUGGAGGCUGCUGCGUCCCUGGGUGGGGAGGACCUGGUCCCGUUCUACAGCCUGCUGGAGGGCGGCCGAGAAGGCGAAUUCUUCAGGGAGCUGGAAGACUAUUUCUACUAUGUGCAGCUGCGCAGCCAAGGCAUCGACACGCUGGAGACCAGACAGGUGUCAACGCAUAUUCCCUUGGAGGAAAUUCCUUCUGUAAUGAGAGCAAUGGGAUUUUAUCCAUCAGAGGAAGAGAUCGAAGAAAUGAUAAAUGAAGUAAAAUUCAGCGAGUAUGUGGACACUGGAGAACAAGUGACAAAAAUCAAUUUAGGGGAUUUUAUCAGACUUUAUAUAAAUCAUCGGCCUGCGUUUGGCUUGUCAAUGAAAACCAUACAGCGAGCGUUUCAGGUUCUUGGUUAUGACAAUGAGAAUGGAGACAAAGUUAUUGACAGAGGAGACUUACUGUUGCUGCUUCAGUGCAGAGGAGAGCAUAUGACGGAGGACGAGCUGGCACAGUGUCUGACCGCCCUGCUGGGCAGGCAUUCAGAGGGAGGAAGAUCUGACCUGGACACGUGCGAUCCCUCAGGUGCAGCAGCUUUGACUGGAGAAGAAAUUCCAGAGGAAAUCACAGCAGAGAGGUUCACUGCUGACAUUCUUGGCUUACCUAUUGCCGAGCCAGAGAAAAGAACAGUAAAAAUCAAUGAAUAGUUGAUCUGUG